CACAUCCGAAAGAAUCGGGUAUUGUAUCCGGUCGAAGGGUUAUUUGCACGUUAAGGAUAAUAAUGGCAACGUCAUCAAAUUUGGUAGCAAACAGAGGCCGGCGCUUUAAAUGGGCCAUAGAAUUUGGAAACGUGGGAAUCAGAGGUCGUAGUGAGAGAGGAUCUCCACAAGACAGCAUGUAUCCAGUGGGUUAUUCAGAUAAACAGGUCCCAGACACUAGCGUGCAAGAGUCUGACCACAUUUUAGUAGAGAAGCGUUGCUGGGAUAUCGCUCUUGGGCCACUCAAACAGAUCCCCAUGAAUCUAUUCAUCAUGUAUAUGGCUGGGAAUACCAUAUCCAUCUUCCCCAUCAUGAUGGUGUGUAUGAUGGCAUGGAGACCUAUACAGGCGCUGCUUGCAACACCAGCCACUUUCAAGCUUCUGGAGAGCUCUGGUCAGCGCUUCCUACAGGGUCUGGUGUACUUGAUUGGGAACCUCCUAGGCUUGGCAUUGGCAGUCUAUAAGUGUCAAUCAAUGGGCCUUCUGCCAACUCAUGCAUCUGAUUGGUUGGCCUUCAUUGAUCCACCAGAGAGAAUGGAAUACACUGGCGGCGGUCUCUUAUUAUGAUUGACUAAGGAUGCAACAGAAGCUUGAAUCUACAUUGCCCUUGUUAUGCUACUAUGCCCUUUUAAUAAAUUAUUAUAACUUCUA